AUCUAAGAUCACAAUGGAUAACAAAUCGUUACUUUCUAUCCUGUCUCAUGUAGUGCAUGGGUAUGUAGGAAAUAGAGUCAUGGUAUUCCCUCUCCAAUAUGCCGGGUGGGAUGUAGACGCUUUGAAUACCACCAACUAUUCCAAUCAUCCGGGAUAUGGUUCAUUUACUGGAUCACCUACAACACCGGAUCUGUUAGUGGAAAUCAUAGAGGGACUUAAAAAGAUCCACGAUUUCCGAACUUAUGACAUUAUAUUGACUGGAUAUGCCACUACUGCUGACGUUUUACAAGCUAUCAAGGAUGAACUUAUCAAGGUUUUUCAGAAAGUUGGCACAGGUAAGAGACCAAGAUGGAUCGUUGAUCCCAUUCUUGGAGAUAAUGGAAGAUUAUAUGUUCUGGAGAAGGUGAUUCCCGUAUACAAAGACAUAUUUUCCACCGGAUAUGUGUCAUUAAUUACUCCAAACCAGUUUGAAUUUGAAACAUUAACGGGCGUUAAACUUGAAAGUUGGCAAGACGUAAAAGAGGCAAUAAAUGAAUUUGAUCAAACAUACAAGAUCGAAAAUAUUGUGAUUUCAUCAGUUAGUAUAGAUGGUCAACUUUACUGUGUGGGGUAUACUUCUAGUACUAAGAAAUUGUUUCUGAUUCCUAUACGCGAAAUUCCCUGUAACUUCAACGGAUGUGGUGAUUUGUUCACCGCAUUGCUCAGCAACGCAUUUUACAACAACAACUUUGCAAUAACUCCCGAGUUGAUCUCGGAUGUAGUUACCAAAUUACACAAGAUUCUCGAAUUUAGUUAUGAAGAUGAAUGCAAAAAGCAAAAUCAUACUAGUACAGACGAACCUAUCAAAUUAGUGAGAGAUAUUAGAGUUAUUGGUGCUAAAGAAUUCUUAGUUAGGGAUUAUACCCACGAAUUAUUACACGAAGUUGUGUACUUAUAGACCAGCAUAUAGACAAUAUAAAUUUCCCCCAU